AUGGCGGAGGAUCAGGUCUGGCGUGGGGUGGGAUGGGGAAUGGAGGGAGUGCGACACAGGGAGAAUCAGCAGAGACAUGCGGGAGGACGGGUGGACGAGGAAAUAGAGAGUGCGGCGAGUGCGCUCCCUAUGCAGAGGCAUCAUGCACGAGCGGCGGAGAAUCCUGCUGCGGUGCAUGCAGAGGAACUAGAGGAUGGUGAAUGGGUGGCUGUGGAGACGGAACUGGCGGGACUGGAGAAUGCGGGGCCCCAGGUUUUCGAGGAGACGGAGCGAGGGUUUGAGGAGGCUGGCGACCGCAUCGCAGCUGGCGGCAGGGUGCGUACCACAGCAGAGCUAAUGCGGCGUUUGACGUUGGUGGCAAGGUCCGUGGCCAGGACUUCGUCGGAGCAACGUGUUCGUUUCAGCGACUGCAUGGCAGAGAUUCGCGAGUUUGGGUUGCAGAUGCAGGGUUGGGACAUGCGCCACAUGCAGGACUACGAUGAUCUAACUCACGAGUACCACGAGCUCAAGGCUGAGGUGGUCCGGAAACGCAACGAGCUAAACCAAUUGCGUAGUGAUGUUUCGACCUCUGUCGCCGAGGCACGAGCGGCAGCAGCUGAUGCGGGUCGCGCAGCUGCAGCAGCGGCUGUGGGAGCAUUGCAGGAAAAGGUGGAGGACCGGCCUGGGACUGUUAGCAGCGGGAGAGUGACGGAAAACCAACCGGCGGGUACAGCCGCCGAGGCAAGGAUGGUGGAACGCGAAAAGGAAGAUAAGCGGCGGAGAGAGGAGCAAAAAAGGGAGGAGGCGAGGAAGGCGGAACGCGAAAAGGAGGAGAAGCGGCAGAAGGAGGAGGAGGAGCGGAAGAGGGAGGAGGCGAAGGAGGUGGAACGCAAAAAGGAGGAGAAGCGGCAAGAGGAGGACGAGGAGCGGAGAAGAGAGGAGGCGAGGAAGGCGGAACGCGAAAGGGAGCAGAAGCGGCAAGAUGAAGAAGAGGAGCGGAAGAGGGAGGAGGCGAGGAAGGCGGAACGCGAAAAGGAGGAGAAGCGGCAGAAGGAGGAGGAGGAGCGGAAGAGGGAGGAGGCGAGGAAGGCGGAACGCGAAAAGGAGGAGAAGCGGCAGAAGGAGGAGGAGGAGCGGAAGAGGGAGGAGGCGAGGAAGGCGGAACGCGAAAAGGAGGAGAAGCGGCAGAAGGAGGAGGAGGAGCGGAAGAGGGAGGAGGCGAGGAAGGCGGAACGCGAAAAGGAGGAGAAGCGGCAGAAGGAGGAGGAGGAGCGGAAGAGGGAGGAGGCGAGGAAGGCGGAACGCGAAAAGGAGGAGAAGCGGCAGAAGGAGGAGGAGCGGAAGAGGGAGGAGGCGAGGAAGGCGGAACGCGAAAAGGAGGAGAAGCGUCAGGGAGAAGAGGAAGAGCGGAAGAGGGAGGAGGCGAGGAAGGCGGAACGCGAAAAGGAGGAGAAGCGGCAGAAGGAGGAGGCGAGGGCGAUGGAAAGGAGGCGGGCACAAAGGGAGGCGGAGUUAGAAGCUAAGCGUCAGCAGAUUGCAAAGAUCGCUGAAACAAAGCGGUUGGAGGCAGCAAAGCGAAAAAGAGACCUCGAAAUAGAGCGUCGGAAAGCCAUGGAGGAGAUCGAGCGUAUUGCACGGUUGGAGGAAGCCGCAAAGGAGGAAGAGGAGAGGCAACAAAAGGAGUUAGAGGCAGAAACAGAGAAAAUGGAAAACGAGAGGCGACGGAUUGCGGUAGUGGACCUCGUGGAGGAGCGGCAGGGUUCAGUACAACUGGCAGGCCAUGGAGUUUUAGAGACUCAACCGCCAUCGAAAAGGUCACGCAUUGACCAGGCGGGAACGAACUUCGACGCGGAUGAGGGGUCUUUGGGGACAGCUGCGUCAGAUGAAUGUGUCGGUGAAAAUGUGUCGGGAAAUCAGAACGUUCAACCAACGCUGGGGAAGGCGACGGGAGAGGUGGCACCGCGAAGAACGGAUGCGCUACCAGAUGAGCUAGGGAAGCGGUGGGGAGAAACAAGGCAUUUCAGAUCGAGUGGUCUUACCACACGCGAAAAGAAGAACAAGAAGGGGGAAGUGGUGUCCGUGCGCUUCAACUCGGAGCAAACCGUCGGAGGUGUGAAGAGGAACAUGGGGAGCUACAAGGAGAGGAAGCUGCGCGAUUUCGCAGUGGCCGUCUGUUGGAUGACCUACUUCCCCGACACCGACAUGCCACAUUACGGCUUGGAUCCUGCCGAGCUUGGCUUGUGGGCGGUCCACCUCGAUUUUGCUCGUAACCUCCCGACGGGUGCCUGGAGUGUCAUGAACGAAUUGAACCUCGACAAGUUCGAGAACUUCGAAAACGUCAUGAACAAGACAAAUGCACGGGUGAAGGACGGCGCGCAUUUCCAGGUGGCCGUUUGCACAGGGAUUGGACAGGCCCUGGUACACGGAGGGAGUGGGCUGGUGUCGCCCCCCGCGAAUGUCACUCCCGCGGUCUAUGCAGCGGGAGUAGCUGCAACCCUCUACACCUUGUGGUGUGCCUCGAUCGGCAUUCCCCACCAGGACUGGGCGGAGGGUGCGGAUGAGGCGGCUCGUGGCACGCUCAACGAGGCAAGCCUUGCUAGUCGAGCAACCUCUACUGCUCGGCUUGGAGUGUGGACUUUAAAAGCCGUGAAGAACCUAACGCACGAGAAGCCGGAGUGGGAAGUGGUACUCACCAAGGCUAUUCUCGGCCUUGUGGAUCCCGAGCCCGGGGAGGCAGAGGCUAUCGAAAUGGCCAAGGUUGUUUCGAGGGUGCUGGUGUACUGGUGCGAGUGCUGUCACGCAAACCAGAAUCUUUACGCGUAUCAGGGUGGGAUGCUCCAUUUUCCCCAGCCCACAAAAGGGGGACGGCGGAAGGGGAAUGCGGGAGGCAACGAGUGA